AUGGACUUCACGACUAUCCUGAAUCGGAAGAACUCUGCCGCCGCAGCCGCCGCCGCCGCAGAAGCACAAUUACAUCAACAAUACCUCCAAGGUGCGCAAAUGAAUCAACAUCCUUCCAACAUGAAACCCGAGCCUGGUGCUCCGGACAACCCUGUCAACGCGUAUCCUGCCCAUGCUGGUGUCCCGAUGGACCAAGGACUCGCCGACACCUUUUACUACGCCCAGGCUCAAGGCGCUGGUCCCCGAAACAUGGGCUUUGUCCCAGGAGGAUAUGCCGGAGAACCUCAGAUGCAGCAGGCACCUCUUGCUUCUGGGAGACCAGGUGCGGAAGCGCCACCCAAGACCUUUCACUGCUCUACUUGCAACAAGGGAUUCGCUCGACGCAGUGACCUUGCACGACACGAGCGCAUUCAUACCGGUGUGAGACCCCAUGCCUGCGACUGGCCUGGAUGUGGCAAGCAGUUCAUCCAGCGCUCCGCUUUGACUGUACACUCCCGAGUUCAUACGGGAGAGAAGCCGCAUAUGUGUGAGCGAUGUGGAAAGCCAUUCAGCGACUCAUCGUCACUUGCGAGGCAUCGUCGAAUCCAUUCCGGGAAGCGCCCUUACAAAUGCCCAUAUGCCAACUGUCAGAAGACAUUUACUCGACGAACCACACUAACUCGUCACCAAAAUCAUCACACCGGGACAAUUGAGGAGGCUGCGGCUGAAACUGAGGCCAACCUGCGUCAGAAUAAGGAACGACGUGGACCCGGCGAGGGAAUGUUUGGGGACCAUGGCUCCAUGGGUUCAACUCCAUCCCCUGCUCAGCACCCAUCCAUGUCGCCGGGAGGGGACCUUCCACCGUUGAAUAUGCAUCGCUCUGCUAGCGACUACUACAUGGGCAGUGGCCCUAUUCCACCUCAUAUGCGAGGAGAUUUUCCACAGGGUAGCCCUCGGGCCUCCCCUACUGCGACAUCUCCUUCGCUAUCCAGCUAUGGUAGCGCUCCUCAUGGGCGCCCACCUAUGACCUCACACCCUUAUGCUCCUCCACAGCCAUUGGAACCCCCAGCCAACAACGACCAUCGUCCGAACAGCGUGAACGGCAGUCCCCAUAUGACUAGUCUGGGCUGGGCCUCCCCUUCGCAUACUAGCAUGCCCUCUCCAGGAUCGACCAAUGAUUUCGGAUAUCCUGAACCAAGUGGACCCGCAUACCCGACAUCCAUGCCUCAUAACAUGUACUUCCCCAACUCCACCAUUCGUCGGCCUAACAGCACUGAGCCGGACAACUACGACUCCAAGUCGCGAAUGGGAGACCAUACAUGGUCUACACCUGUAUGA